AUGCAGCGGUUCGUCGCGGCCGCGACGCUGCAGCUCCUCGUGCCGAGCGUCGCGACCCGAUACCUCUCCGUCCUACUCUUCGACCAGCGCCUCGAAGAUGCCGUCCUCACGGGUCUUGUGCCGCUCGUGUGUGCCGUUGCCACGUCGUCGCUCGUCUCGAGCGCUCUGAUGCUCCGCUGUCAUCACGACCGCCAGUGGCUGCUGCGGGCGCACCUGAGCGCCGGUCUCAGAGGUCUCAUCGUGGGCGCAAUGGCGUUCCACGUGACGCUCGUUCUCUUUGGAGCGCCCGUCGUCGACUUGUGGCCGCAGACGCUGUUGCUCGCUGUGUUGCUGUCGAGCCUUACGACAAUGCCGUUGGCGCUGCAUCUGACGUGGGCGCCGCAAAAGUGGCGGACGUUGCUGCUCGAGCUGAGGGUUACGACGGUGCUCGAGCUGUAUCUAGUGUGCUCCUCCAUUGGUGCUGCCCUCGGCGCUUACGUUGGUGCGUUCCCCAUCCCGCUCGACUGGGAUCGACCUUGGCAGCAAUGGCCGUUGACUUGUGUCUAUGGCACGUUGCUCGGCCAAGCUGCCGGGAUUUUGACCAGCAUGGUGCUCGCUGCGACUUCGCCGUCUAUCGCAAAGUUGACCAAGACAGAGUAA